GCAGACAGCUUGUUUCUGUCUUAAAAAUUUCUCCUUUCGUCCUGCCACUAAACAAAUCUUUCUUGUGAGUUCUCCUUCCCCCUCUAUAUACAAGCUAACCCUCUCUUCUCCUCUAAACAACUACACCAACUCCCUCACCUCUCUCUCUCUCUCUCUCUCUCUAUCUAUCUGUUUCUGAUCAUAUCAAAACAUCUUCAAUAUUAAUGGAGGAACUUAUGAUGAGGAAACAACCAGCAGCUUGUAUCCCUACUUCAAUUACUCCAUCGCCAAUCACCAUGCAUAAAAACUCACACACAAUAGCCAAAGUCAAGCCAAAGAUACGCAUAAUUCACAUCUUUGCUCCAGAAAUCAUCAAGACAGAUGCCGCGAACUUCAGAGAGUUGGUACAAAGACUCACAGGGAAACCAAGUGAUCAAAAGGGGGGUUGCAGGCAGAAACCAAGAAGGGCAAGAACACAAGAUCAACCAAGAAACUGCAACAGAGACUUAUGUGAAGAAAAGCCUGUUAUGACCAAGAAAGUUGAGCCGAGAAGUGGGUUUGGGAGUAGUCUGGGGUCUAGAGAAAGAGUUAAGGAGGAAGAAGAAAUGUGGAAUGGAGCAUAUUCAGGAAGCUUCCUAGGUGGAUUUACAGACUUGGAUGGCUUCAUUCAAGAACUUGGUGAAUUUCCAUUGCUGCCAAUGGACGCUAAUCACAUACAUGAGCUUGGACAGACUCAACUUGCCUAGAUCAAUAAUGGUUUUCCUUUUAUUCCCUUGCACAAGCUUGAUUAUACCAGGCUUUUUUUUCCUUUUGGAUAUAUAUAAUAUGGAUCUAAUUUAGAUGGUUUGAUUAACUGAGUUCUUCUGCAUAUCAUUAUGUCCAUAUUUUCUAAUUUUCCCAAUCUCUAUUUGAUUUCUCUUGAUGUAAAUACAAGGGGACAAUCUUCUUUUUA